AUGUCAGUUCCUGAGCUCCCUGGACACCUCAUACCGCGACACUCGCCCCACGAAAGAUGGCUCAAGGGCCAUGUAGCCAGAAUGUGUGGCCUCGACCAUGAACGAUUUCCAGGUAGUCAACCUGUUAGUUUCUCUAGUAAAGACUUGCAGAAGCUAGAAUCACACGAUUUCUGGGUCUGCGAAAAGUCUGAUGGGAUCCGAGUCCUGUUUCUGGUCGUGUUAACGCCAGACCAACCGGAUGAGCAAGUUGUGUUUUUGAUUGACAGACACAACACCUAUCGCCAAAUACUCGGUUUCGUCUUCCCUCACCAUGAGAACCCGAGAAACUUGUUGAGGAACACCCUCAUUGACGGAGAGCUCGUGUUGGAUGUGGACCCAGUGACGAAGAAGGAAACUAUGUGCUUCCUCGCCUUUGAUUGUCUGGUUAUCGACGACCAGAACGUGAUGACCAAGACCCUCGACAAGCGCUAUGGGAGACUGCAAGAAUGGUGGUACAAACCCUACAUGCGCAUGCUUCGCGACCAUCCCCACACAGCCGAGACCCAACCCUUUGCGGUGAAAAUAAAAGACAUCAGCCUCUCUUACCACGUCGAAAAGGUCUUCAACGUCGACAUUCCUAACCUCCACCACGGCAACGACGGAUUGAUCUACACAUGUGUGAACACGCCUUACACACCGGGGACGGAUAACAAUAUUCUCAAGUGGAAACCUCCGUCGGAGAAUUCAAUCGACUUCAAGCUUGUACUCCGGUUCCCGCCUCUGGCCAGCAAUCCACGAGAACCAGACUUCCACGCCAAACCACUCUUCCUGCUUCAUAUCUGGUGCGGUGAUGACCGGGGUGUGCCACGAUACGAGCAGUAUGAUGACAUGUAUGUCGAUGACGAGGAAUGGGAGAGGAUGAAGCUCUCUGGCGAGCAAAUCGACGACAGGAUUGUUGAGGUGCAUUGGGAUUUCAACAUCAAUCGAUGGAGGAUGAUGAGGUUCAGAGACGACAAACCUCACGGCAACCACAAGAGUGUCGUUGACAAGAUCAUCAAUAGUAUCGCGGAUGGUGUGGAAAAGGAUGCUCUCCUCGCUCGCUCGACAGCUAUCCGGAAUGCCUGGAAGAUGCGACAAGGGCAGCCACCGGGACCACCUCCACAACAGGGACCACCUCUGCGGGGACCUCCACUGCAACAGCAGCAGCACCAUCAACCACCCCCACAACACCAGCAACAGCCGAAACGGCCACCUCUCGUUCCUCCUAACGUGGAGAUCCGCUAUGGUCCGUUGGCCAAGUCACCAUGGAGCAAGGUUGCUGGCCCGACCAUGAUUGCUGGGAUGAUGCGUUAG